UCAGUGUUAUUCACUCAAAAUUCAUUACAAUUUUAGGAGUUUUCUCUCUAUUUUGUGGCUUCGGAGCAGCGAAAUCUUGGAGAUGGGUCGUGUUCGAACCAAGACUGUGAAGAAGUCCUCUCGCCAGGUGGUUGAGAGGUAUUACUCUGAGAUGACGCUGGACUUCCACACCAACAAGAAGAUGUUGGAGGAGGUUGCCAUCAUCCCUUCAAAAAGGCUUCGUAACAAGAUUGCUGGGUUCUCCACCCAUCUGAUUAAGAGGAUUCAGGAAGGUCCAGUUCGUGGCAUCUCAUUGAAACUCCAAGAAGAGGAGCGUGAACGCAGAAUGGACUUUGUCCCUGAGGAGUCAGCCAUUAAGACCGACGAAAUCAAGGUUGACAAGGAAACCGUAGAGAUGCUUUCUGCUCUUGGCUUGUCAGACAUGUCUGGGCUUGUUGAAGUUGAGCCACAAGCUAUGAUUCCUCCUCGGGCUGCUGGAGGACCUGGUAGAAGAUUCUAAGAUAAUUGAAAGUUCUGUGGAUCAUUCAAGAAUGAGAAGCUUAGAUGUUUGUUCAAUUGGCACUUAUGUUUGUUAUGGAUGACUUCAUGACUAGUUUUGUUCAUGGUUUUAACUUUUAAGAUGAAAAUUCUGCUGAAGUUAUGUCUUUCGCUUAUGUUGUAUCGUGUAUCGUGUGGAAUAAUAACAAUGAUCAAGGCUUUUUCGCCUUUUUUCUAAAUAA